AUGGCUGGCACCAACACCGAAUACGAGGCCGUCAUCAUCGGCGCAGGCCCUUCUGGCAUUGCUGCCGCCUGCGAGCUUCAACGCAGGAUCGGCCUCACCAAGAUCAAGAUCUUCGAACGUGGAAGCAAGUUCGGAGGCACCUGGUUCCACAACCGCUACCCCGGAGCUGCUUGCGAUGUGCCUUCACGCCUCUACUCUUUCUCGUUCUAUCAGAAGAAGAGCUGGAAUGAAUUUAUGGCUCGACAGCCCGAGAUGGAGAGCUACCUCCAAGAUACUGCACGCACGUUUGGGCUUGAUCGGUUUGCCCACUUCAAUGCAGAUGUCUAUUCUGCUGAAUGGGUCGAGCAACAGACUCACUGGAGGGUCAAGUACCGUUCUGUGGAUGGCCACGAGCACGGCGUUGUCACUACACGCGUACUCGUCAACGGCUCGGGAGCGCUCAGCGUGCCACGAGAAUGCGACGUCGACGGCUGGCAGAGCUUUAAAGGUCCGCUCUUCCACUCAGCCAAGUGGGACACGUCGGUCGAUCUCAAAGACAAACAUGUUGUCGUCCUCGGCAAUGGCUGCUCAGCCACGCAAAUUGUCCCCUCAAUCGCCAAGCAGGUCAAGUCGGUUACCCAGAUCGCUCGAGCCAAGCACUGGUACGCUCCCACUCCAGUGAAUCCCUUCUCCGGCCCCGCCUUCCGUUGGCUGGAACGCAACAUCCCUGGCUUUAUCCUGCUUGAACGCACCAUCUUUACCCUUUUUCUUGACAUCCACUUCAUUCAGGCUUGGAACCGCGAAGGGAAAGCCGCACGCGAUCGCUUUGCUGCCAGCUCGCAGCUCUACGUGUCCACCGUCGCUCCGGAGAGGUACCAUCACCUGCUCAUCCCGACGCAACAAGAGCUCAGCGUGGCUUGCAAGCGCCGUGUGUUUGACGAUGCCUAUAUUCCGUGCUUGAACCGCGACAAUGUCGAGCUCGUCACCGAUCAGGCUGUCAAGAUCACCGAGAACGAGGUAGUGCUCCAGUCCGGACGCAGGCUCAAGGCGGAUGUUAUUAUCCUGGCGUCUGGCUUCAAGACGGGCGAGACGGCCGUGCAGAUGAAGGUGAGAGGGCGCAACGGAAAGGAGCUAAACGAAGUCUGGAGGAAGGGCGGUGCGCCACAGGCUUACCGUUCGACACUUUGCCAUGAUUUCCCCAACUUGGCGUUGCUCUGGGGACCCAACGCCACUACGGGUCACUUUUCUGCCAUCUUUUCCAUCGAGAGCUCGGUACGAUUCAUGUGCACCAUCUUUAAACCCAUCUUCCUGGCUGGCCCAAGCAAGCUGUCACCCUUGCAACGAUCCGCAGGACAUACAGUCGAUGUGAAACAGGAAGCACAGGACAAGGAAGACGCCAUGAUCCGCCACCAGAUGAAGGAUCUCAUCUACACAUCCGGCUGCAAGGGUUGGUACACAAAUGCCGACGGUCGAGUAUCCACGCUCUACCCAGGCUUCCAGCUGACAUUUGCUUGGAGAAGCGACCACCCGAUCGCCAACGAUUUCAUCUACACUGGCCUUCCUGCCUCGACCCGACCAAGCUCCUACUGGAGCUACUUUCAACAAAUCGCUUCGUUCUUCCGGCUGGGCGACGUGCCAGAGUACCGGGCGGCCAAACUGGGCCAGAAGAAUUGGAUCGCGAAAUAUCUGCUCACUCCGCUCUCGAUGUUCUUGUACCGUUCAAGCCUCCGAUUGCUGCUGUCGAUUGUGUGGAUCGUCGACAACGUCUUGUUUUACACACGAGGCGCAAGGGACUUUGAAAAAGUCAAGCAGCAGUAUUUGCUCUCGAAGUAA